AUGCAGGCUCCCGUGGUGGUGAUGAACACGGCGCAAGGCGAGAGACAGGUCGGCAGAAAAGCACAGAUAUCCAACAUUACGGCUGCGAAAACAGUCGCCGACAUCAUUCGAUCAUGUCUCGGUCCCAAGGCCAUGUUGAAGAUGCUGCUCGAUCCUAUGGGCGGUAUUGUCCUGACUAAUGACGGCCACGCCAUUCUGCGGGAGAUUGAAGUCGCGCACCCGGCUGCGAAGAGUAUGAUUGAGUUGAGCAGGACGCAGGAUGAGGAGGUCGGAGAUGGGACCACGACGGUUAUUAUAUUAGCCGGAGAAAUCCUUGCGCAGGCACUCCCUCAGCUCGAACGAAACAUCCACCCCGUCGUGAUCAUCCAAGCAUUCAAAAAGGCCCUCGCUGACGCGCUGGCAAUCGUGGAAGAGAUAUCAAUACCCGUGGACACGUCAAGUGACAAGGCCAUGAUCUCGCUGAUUGAAUCGUCCAUUGGCACCAAGACCAUCUCGAGACACUCGGAGCUUUACUGCGCACUUGCGCUCAAAGCAGUCCGCACGGUCUCACAGGACCAAUCCGCCGUCUCGAAUGCCCCGCAAACCAACGGCGCCAAAUCGCCCCAGCCAGCGCCCUCGAAGCCCGUCGAAAUCGACAUCAAACGCUACGCCCGGGUGGAGAAGAUUCCUGGUGGAGAAAUCGAAGACUCGCGGGUCCUCGACGGAGUCAUGCUUAACAAGGACAUCACACACGCGUCCAUGCGCCGGAGGAUAGAGAACCCCCGCAUCGUCUUGCUAGAUUGCACGCUCGAGUACAAGAAAGGCGAGUCCCAGACCAACGUGGAGAUCACGGACGAAGAUUCGUGGAACAAGAUCUUGCAGAUCGAGGAGGAGCAAGUCAAGAAGAUGUGCGACGCCAUCCUGGCGGUGAAGCCGGAUCUGGUCAUCACGGAAAAGGGCGUCAGCGACCUGGCGCAGCACUAUCUGCAAAAGGCGAACGUCACGGCGUUGAGACGGGUACGAAAGACGGACAACAACCGUAUCGCAAGGGCCGUGGGCGCGACCAUUGUCAACCGCGUCGACGAUCUCGUCGAUUCAGACGUGGGGACUGGCUGCGGCUUGUUCGAGAUUGAAAAGAUCGGCGACGAGUAUUUCACGUUCCUCACAAAGUGCAAGAAUCCCAAGGCGUGCACCAUCCUCCUCCGUGGCCCGUCAAAGGAUAUCCUCAACGAAGUCGAGCGCAAUCUGCAGGAUGCGAUGUCCGUGGCGAGGAAUGUCAUGUUCCAUCCCCGUCUGUCCCCUGGUGGCGGUGCUACCGAGAUGGCGGUCUCGGUGCGGCUGGCCCAGAAGUCCAAGUCCGUCGAGGGAGUCAUGCAGUGGCCAUACCGCGCCGUCGCCGAGGCCAUGGAAGUCAUCCCCCGCACGCUGAUUCAGAACGCCGGCGCCUCACCGAUCCGGAUAUUGACUCAAUUGCGGGCGAAACAGGCGGAGGGGAAGUCCAGCUUUGGCGUGGACGGCGACACCGGUGCGGUGGUCGACAUGAAGGAUUAUGGUGUGUGGGAGCCGCAGGCCGUGAAGAUGCAGAGUAUCAAGACGGCGGUGGAGAGUGCUUGUUUGCUGUUAAGAGUCGAUGACAUUUGUGGGGCGAAGAGCGCGAAACAGGUCGGUGGGAGCGGACUGGCUGGAGGGGGAGGGGAAGAUUAG